AGGGACAGAACUGGAAACCAAGUCUCCACCUCAGCUCCUCCAGGGCCUCCAGACACCAUUCAUUCCCUUUCCCAGGGUGCUCAGAGGUCCACUGUCCCCCACCUCCAGUGCCCCAACCUUCAAAGCAAGAGCCUCAGAGCCCCACCCCUCAGGUGCCUUCAAUAGCGUCCAUUGUCCAAGAGGCUGUGUGGCUUGACCCCCAGCCCCAUAAGUAGCAGGACAGCAAGCUCAGAGAGGAAUCUGCCUGGUGCCCCUCCUCUGCGGACUGCCUUGGGGGAGUCUGUGGGGUAGCGGGGCCCCGCUGAAUGUGACCUAUUGUCUUUGGGGUGGAUUUAGGAAGUGCCAAGCUCCCAUCAAACAGCCCUGCUCCCGGGGUAAAAACAAAAAAAGGGCUGUUCAUUUGGGACCUUUUCCCCCUUAUCUCCUUCUCCUAUCUCCUUAGGCUUAGCUCUGGUGUAGUGUUCAAAACCACUUCCCCUCCGAGCCAAUCAGAAGCCGGGGCUCACCUGUGGCCCUGAGGUGAAGUUAUUUAUAAACGCCUCCCUGGAUUAUUUGAGCAGAGCCUUUUCACACACCUCAGGAACACCUCUCUGCUGCCUGCUGCCCGCCCGCCCGGACACACCUGCAGCCCUGCCCAGCCGGCUCUGCUCACUCAGAGCGUGUCAAUGCCCCAGCCAUGAGCCAGCCCAGGCCCCGCUACGUGGUAGACAGAGCUGCAUACUCCCUCUCCCUCUUCGAUGAUGAGUUCGAGAAAAAGGACCGCACCUACCCGGUGGGAGAGAAACUUCGCAACACCUUCAGGUGCUCCUCCGCCAAGUUCAAAGCCAUUGUGUUUGGGCUGUUGCCUGUGCUCUCCUGGCUCCCCAAGUACAAGGUCAAAGACUACAUCAUCCCUGACUUGCUGGGUGGACUCAGUGGGGGUUGUAUACAGGUGCCACAAGGCAUGGCAUUUGCACUGCUGGCCAACCUUCCUGCAGUCAAUGGCCUCUAUUCCUCCUUCUUCCCCCUCCUGACCUACUUCUUCCUCGGGGGUAUACACCAGAUGGUGCCAGGUACCUUUGCCGUUAUCAGCAUCCUGGUGGGUAACAUCUGUCUGCAGCUGGCCCCGGAAUCGAAAUUCCAGAUCUUCAACAACGUCACCAACGAGACCUACGUGGACACAGCAGCCAUGGAGGCAGAGAGGCUGCAUGUGUCAGCGACACUUGCCUGCCUGACUGCUGUCAUCCAGAUGGGCUUGGGCUUCAUGCAGUUUGGCUUUGUCGCCAUUUACCUCUCGGAAUCCUUCAUCCGGGGCUUCAUGACAGCCGCUGGCCUGCAGAUCCUGAUCUCGGUGCUCAAGUACAUCUUUGGUCUGACCAUCCCCUCCUACACAGGCCCAGGCUCCAUCGUUUUUACCUUCAUUGACAUCUGCAAAAACCUCCCCCACACCAACAUCGCCUCGCUCGUCUUCGCCCUGGUCAGCGCUGUCUUCCUGGUGCUGGUGAAGGAACUCAACGCUCGGUACAUGCACAAGAUCCACUUCCCCAUCCCUACGGAGAUGAUCGUGGUGGUGGUGGCAACAGCCAUCUCUGGGAGCUACAAGAUGCCAAAAAAAUACCACAUGCAGAUCGUGGGGGAGAUCCAACAUGGGUUUCCCUCUCCAGUGGUGCCGGUGGUUUCGCAGUGGAAGGACAUGGUGGGCACAGCCUUCUCCCUGGCAAUUGUGGGCUACGUCAUCAACCUGGCUAUGGGCCGGACCCUUGCCAACAAGCAUGGCUAUGAUGUGGAUUCUAAUCAGGAGAUGAUCGCCCUGGGCUGCAGCAACUUCUUCGGCUCCUUUUUCAAGAUCCACGUCAUUUGUUGUGCCCUCUCUGUCACGCUGGCUGUGGACGGGGCUGGAGGAAGGUCUCAGGUGGCAAGCUUGUGUGUGUCUCUGGUGGUGAUGAUCACUAUGCUGGUCCUGGGGUCCUAUCUGUACCCUCUCCCCAAGGCUGUGCUAGGAGCCCUGAUAGCUGUCAACCUCAAGAACUCCCUCAAGCAACUCAGUGACCCCUACUACCUGUGGAGGAAGAGCAAGCUGGACUGUUGUGUCUGGGUGGUCAGCUUCCUCUCCUCGUUCUUCCUGAGUCUGCCCUAUGGCGUAGCAGUGGGUGUCGCCUUCUCCAUCCUGGUUGUGGUCUUCCAGACCCAGUUUCGAAAUGGCUCCACACUAGCCCAGGUCAUGGACACGGACAUCUAUGUGAACCCCAAGACCUACAACAGGGCCCAGGAAAUUGAGGGGGUUAAGAUUGUGACUUACUGCUCCCCGCUCUACUUUGCCAACUCAGAGAUCUUCAGGCAGAAGGUCAUUGCCAAGACAGGUAUGGACCCCCAGAAAAUACUACUGGCCAAGCAGAAAUAUCUCCGGAAGCAGGAGAAGAGGACAGCGAUGCCCACACAGCAGAGGAAGUCCCUCUUCAUGAAAACCAAGACGGUCUCUCUGCAGGAACUCCAGCAGGACUUUGAAACUGCUCCCUCAACUGACCCCAACAAUAACCAAGCGCCUGCAGGGGAUGCCAACAUAUCCUACAUCACCUUCAGCCCAGACACCUCGGCAGCUGCCCCGUGCGAGCCGCCCACCUCCGCUCAGUCCCCCAGGGAGCCUAGUGAAGCGCUAGCCAGCGUCCCGCCCUUUGUCACCUUCCACACCCUCAUCCUCGACAUGAGUGGAGUCAGCUUCGUGGACCUGAUGGGCAUCAAAGCCCUAGCCAAGCUAAGCUCCACCUAUGGGAAGAUCGGAGUCCAGAUCUUUCUGGUGAACAUCCAUGCCCAGGUGUACAAUGACAUCAGCCAUGGAGGAGUCUUUGAAGAUGGGUGUGUCCAGCGCGAUCACGUGUUCCCCAGCAUCCAUGAUGCGGUCCUCUUUGCCCAGGCGAAUACUAGAGAAGCCCCGGCAAGCAGCUUCCAAGGGGUAAGGUCUCCCCACACACCUGAAGAAUCCAAGGGCUCCCACAAACAGGAGGACCAAUGCAUGUUAGAAAGAACAGGAAGAGGGUUUCAGAUCCAUCACCAAUCCCGCCACCUCACUCUCUUGAAUCUCGGUUUCCCUAUCUGUAGAAUGGGCACCACCAACGAUCACAUGCCACAGCGGCUUUUCAUUGUUUCUGGUUAGGGUGAAGUAAUGAUUAUACAUCCUUAUACAAAAAUACAAUUUUACUGACUGCUCUGUGUAUCUGGUGUCUCGCCGGCCAUCACCUUCACUGUUUUGUAGUAGUGGUGGGUGUCCUGGCUUGGAGAUUUCAGGCUUGGAGGGAGAGGCUGAGUUUUGUCUCAGCCUCUUGGCAUUUAAUUUACUAGCUCAGGGAGUGAUGUGAGAUACAAAUAACUGUCUAAAACUUCAGAAGCUGAAGAGCCAGACCCAGCCUCCUCUCACUUGCAGGGCCUGGGAGACUAGGGAAGUGUUCUGAUUUGUCCACAGGGACUCUUGGAGAAUCCUUCUUAUUUGUCAUUACACCAAUAAUAUCCAGUUAUGUGGGUCCUGGGAAUCGAACUUGGGUUCUUUGGCUUGGUGAUGAGUGCCUUUGCCCACCGAGUCAUCUCUCUCACC